AUGACUGAAUUAAUCGAAAUUCGCCAAUUAAAAAAAGUAAAACAGCGACGAUCUCCUACACGUUCAUAUGCAUUUACAACAGUUCAAGCAUCAUCGUCUGAUUCUUCAGAAGAUGAAAAUAGUUCAAAUGACGAAUCACCAUUCAUUCUAAAAGUAAAGCCAUCGAAAUCAUCAAAACGAAAUAAUAUGAUUCAAACAUUACCGAUAAUUCUCAAUACGCAACCAGCUAAAAAAAAGAAAAAAUCUCAUGAAAAACAUAUACAACAAUUUCUUAUUAAUACACAACCACCAUCAUCACCGAAAAAAAAAGAAAUUGUUAUUAAGCAAAUAAUGGAACCUUCAUUAUCUUCAGGAAUUCAAUAUGUACCUGUACCAGCUCUAACACCACCACUAACAACAAUAAUCGAAAGAAAACCUCUCGUUUAUCAACGUGUUUAUACACCGACUCUAGUUGAAGAAUAUUCAAAUCCUUUUUAUAGUUCGUAUGAAUCGCCUGUUAGACGACUUGUACGAGCUCAUCCGUCGACUACAAAAAGUGUUCAUUUACCAAAACAUGCAAAAAAAUUAGUUAAUCGAUUUUUAACUGGAAUUGAACAUGCACAUAGUCGUCGACAUGAUGAUGGAAGUGAUAGUGAUCAUAGUAUCGAUGAUUGUAAAGUAUGUCGUCGAUUUCGAUCAGCUAUCAAUGAAGGAAAACAAAGAAGUUGUAGUGACGUAGAUAUAUAUCGUGGUAGCCGAGUUAUUUUUGAGACACAGGCAUGUAGAUGA